GGAAGAGGCGGGUCUUAUCAGGUGAUGUCAUCAGGCGCCGCAGGCAAGCCGCGGUUUCGAGUUUGGUGUGAGCUGGGAGCGCGGGACCAUGGCCGCAGCCGAUGUAGCUUUGGAGUCAUUGGUGACUGGUCUGUACGACGUGCAGGCUCUCAAAUUUGGGAGCUUCGUGCUGAAGAGUGGGCUCUCUUCCCCCGUGUACAUCGAUCUGCGGGGCAUCGUGUCUCGACCGCGUCUUCUGAGUCAGGUUGCUGAAAUUUUAUUCCAAACUGCCCAAAAUGCAGGGAUCAAUUUUGAUACUGUGUGUGGAGUACCUUACACAGCUUUACCAUUGGCUACAGUUAUCUGUUCAACCAACCAAAUUCCAAUGCUUAUUAGAAGGAAAGAAGCAAAGGAUUAUGGUACCAAGCGUCUUAUAGAAGGGGCUGUUAAUCCAGGAGAAACCUGUUUGAUCAUUGAAGAUGUUGUUACCAGUGGAUCUAGUAUCUUGGAAACUGUUGAGGUUCUUCAGAAGGAGGGCUUGAAGGUCACUGAUGCCAUAGUGGUGCUGGACAGAGAGCAAGGAGGCAGGGACAAGUUGCAGGCACACGGGAUUCGUCUCCACUCAGUGUGUACAUUGUCCAACAUGCUGGAGAUCCUUGAGCAACAGAAGAAAAUUGAUGCUGAGAUGGUUGAGAGAGUAAAGAGAUUUAUUCAGGAGAAUGUUUUUGUGGCAGCUAAUCAUAAUGGUUCCCUCCCUUCUGUAAAGAAAGCACCCGAAGAACUAAGCUUUGGUACACGUGCAGAGCUGCCUGGGAUCCACCCAGUUGCUUCAAAGCUUCUCAGGCUCAUGGAAAAGAAGGAGACCAAUCUGUGUCUGUCUGCUGAUAUUUCAGAGUCCCGAGAGCUGUUGCAGCUAGCAGAUGCUUUAGGACCGAGCAUCUGCAUGCUCAAGACUCACGUAGAUAUUUUGAAUGAUUUUACUCCCGAUGUGAUGAAGGAGUUAACUACUCUGGCGAAACGCCACGAGUUCUUAAUAUUUGAAGACCGGAAGUUUGCAGAUAUAGGAAACACAGUAAAAAAGCAGUAUGCAGGUGGUGUCUUUAAAAUAGCUUCCUGGGCAGAUAUAGUAAAUGCUCAUGUGGUGCCAGGCUCGGGAGUUGUGAAAGGCCUGCGAGAAGUCGGCCUGCCCCUGCACCGGGCCUGCUUGCUCAUUGCGGAAAUGAGUUCUGCUGGCUCCUUGGCCACUGGGAGCUACACUGAGGCAGCAGUGAGAAUGGCCGAGGAGCAUUCUGAAUUUGUGGUUGGUUUUAUUUCUGGCUCCCGAGUAAGCAUGAAACCAGAAUUUCUCCACUUGACUCCAGGAGUUCAGUUAGAAGCAGGAGGUGAUAAUCUGGGCCAGCAGUACAACAGCCCACAAGAAGUCAUCGGCAAACGAGGUUCUGAUAUCAUCAUCGUGGGUCGGGGCAUUUUAAUGUCAGCUAAUCGUCUGGAAGCAGCCGAGAAGUACAGAAAAGCUGCUUGGGAAGCUUAUUUGAGUAGACUUGCUGUUUGAGUGUCUCAUACAUUUUUAUGAAGGCCUUGAAGAUACACGGUCUCCCGAGAUGCCACUGCCUUGAAAUAAUAAGCUGCCUGUAAUACUGCUUGGAUUCUUCCAUGGGUCCUGGAUUGGCUUCUGGACUUAACCCUGGUCUACAGGAAAUAUUCAGUGAUGUGUGAUCACUCUAAUCCGUUCUUUUUCAAACUUUCUUUUGUUGUGAUUGAUAUUGGUUAGGCAAUCACAGUCCUGUCUGUGUUAGAAUCUUCCAUAUUUGAAGAUCCCCCAUCUCUAGAUCAGACUUUUGGAUUCUUUUAAUUGCCAUGAGACAGACAUUUUAGGCUAUCAGGAGGCUAAAGCCAGUAGAGCAUUUCGUGAGUCCUUUAUUCUCUCUAAUGUGGUGCUCUAAUAAUUCUUAAAUGCUAGCUUUUCCCCUCCUCUUCUGCUUAAAAGUUAUAGUCCAGGAUGUAGAUGCUCCUAGCACUGCCGUUGCUUACUCACCCGAGGGAACUGAGUGGGGAUGCAGGUCAUGUAAGUGAGCCCCUGAGCCCCUGAAGCCAGUAUCUGGCUUUCAUUUCAUGACUCAUUUCUUCCCCGAGGCAGCAGUGUAGACCUGUGCUAACCCCAGUCACUGCUUCCUUUCACCUAAUUUCCAUUACAAAUGGACCAAACUGUUCCUUCAUUUAUUUAAAAGGACAGCAAUGUCAGUUCUAAAGUUUCAUUCAGAGGUUUGCUCGAGGAUCCUACAACAUUAACAGUGAUGUCAGCCUUCACAUUUAGAAAUAAAGACAAAGGAGAGGCUGGGCACGCAGGAAGCCCUCUCUGGGCCCAAGUGCACUUUCUCUUAGAAAUUCCUCAGAGUUUCUGGCUGAUCCCUGGUCUCCAGUAUUGAUGUCGAUUUUUCCCAUUUUUAUAUUUCUUUGGUCUGUUCAGGAAGCAUCAAGAGGGGAGUGAAGGGUGUGGGCUCAGAUGAUCAUUUUGAAAUGGCCCCACUGAACAUCCAAGGCCCUGGGAUUCUUGAGCGGGGCCAGGUGGCAGGUGCAUUUGAAAGCUCUCAGUUCCCAUUCCACCAGCACCUCCUAGUCUGCUUUUCCUUCUGCUUGUGCCCAUGACGACAUAUAGUGACAGGAGCAAUUGCCAUUUCCUCCAGAUGACAGCUGUUCCCAUCCCUGACUGCCCCACUCUUCAGCUCUCAGCACUCAGAGGGAAGCUGUUAUUUAACUCAGGUGCUUACGUUGGAGGCUCCACUUAAUAGCUUCUGCUCUAAAAUCCAGCUGAGCUUUGGGUGCCAGUGCUGCUUCUCCAGAGAAGUUCCCUCUGGGAAAGGCAAGUUGUCAGGGAAGGAAGGAAGUGGAAGAGGUGUGGCCUCGGGGCUACUCAGGAGGAGUGGAAAGUCAGGGAGGGAGUGGCAGAAGUUUUUCUAAUAAAAACUUAUAGAAACCUC